AUGUCUCAACAAAACUCGCCACGACCUCAUCUUGGCGUAACAACUGCAGCAACAUCUGGGACAAGCGGAUCGGAACCCAGCACUCCCCAUACUCCUCGACGAUCCUUCAGUGCCAUGGACGCUUUACAAAUGAGAAUGUCUUCUUUUCACGAUAACCCAACCAGCUCGUCCAGUUCAACUCAUGUUGGCAAUGUAUCAGCUUCCUGUUUGAGUCAUAUUGCAGAGACCAAUGCUGCCAUGAAAGAAGAAGAUUUUGAACUUGGCAAGCCGAUCGGCUAUGGAUCAUCGGCAGUGGUGUAUGCAGCCGUCUACAAGCCAACCAAAAAGCCUGUAGCCAUCAAAAUGAUUGAUCUCGAUAUGUUUGAACGUAACCAGAUUGACGAACUUCGUCGAGAAACAGCGUUGAUGGCAUUAUCCAAGCAUCCCAAUGUGCUUCAAGUAUAUGGCUCAUUUGUAUCUGGAUCCAAAUUGUAUAUCGUCACUCCUUAUCUUGCUGGUGGAUCAUGUCUUGAUAUCAUGAAGACAGCCUUUCGUGAUGGAUUUGAGGAAGCGACUAUCGCAACGAUUUUACGGCAGGCUCUGGAAGGAUUGUUGUAUUUGCACAAGAAUGGACACAUUCAUCGUGAUGUCAAGGCCGGAAAUUUAUUGAUGGACAAUCAUGGAGCUGUCUUGUUGGCUGACUUUGGGGUAUCCAGUUCUUUGACCGAGAACAAUGAGCUACGCAAGACGUUCGUGGGCACACCAUGUUGGAUGGCGCCUGAAGUCAUGGAGCAAGCAGGAUAUGAUUACAAGGCAGACAUUUGGAGUUUUGGUAUUACAUCUCUUGAGUUAGCGACUGGUCACGCUCCCUUUGCAAAAUACCCUCCCAUGAAGGUGUUAAUGAUGACUUUAUCAAAUGACCCGCCUACUCUGGAUCGCGACAAUACUAAGCACAAGUACUCAAAGACAUUCAAGGAGAUGAUUGACAUGUGUCUACAAAAGGAUCCAAGCAAGAGACCAUCAGCUGAAAAGCUUUUACAUCAUCCUUUUUUCAAGGAAGCAAAAAAGAAGGAGUAUCUAGUGAGAACAGUACUAUCACGUGUGCCUCCAUUGGAACAGCGUCCGCACAAGAAGGUCCUCCAGAGACAGGUGUCGGUGGAAGCUACUGAACAAUGGGAUUUUGAUACCCCUGCAACAACCACAGCAGACAACAAACAACAGCAACCUCCUUCAGGCAGUGAGGAGAAAAAGAAGCAUAUCACAUUCGGAGAGGUCGUUGUACGUAAUCCUCCACAACCACAUCAACAACAACAGCAACAACAACCAACAUCAACAUCAUCCCCUACUUCAGAGUCAAAAGCAGCAUCACCUGAAAUCGCAGCGCCUGCUCCUUCAAAAAAGUCACGAUUUGUGGUAGAGGAUGGCAACAGUAAGAGUGAUAGCGAUCAUCAUCAAUCAGUGACAUCUUUACAACGCUCUACAUCACCGGCCUAUUUUGAUGAUAACAGUCAUCCAUCCUCCGCUGGUUCGCCAUACAUCUCUCCUAUCACAAGCAGUACACCUGAUGAAGUACCCACUGGUUUAGGAAUAUCAGCUUCCUCAAGUGCUCCCCCUCCACAAGAAGUGAAGCGUGGCCGAUUUAGUGUCAACCAGCAGAGUACAACUGCGCCUGGAGAUGAGCAAGAGCAAUCUCAUGAGAUUCGCCCUUUACCCGUGUCACGUGUAUCAAGUCAAGAUAGCCUACAGAGUGAACGAAGAUCGCGAUUCGAGGUACAACACAAACCAGGAAAUGCAUCCCAUCAGUCAUCAGUGCAUGGACCAGGUGAUAUGCAUGUCAAGUUUGAUGCUCCACCCAUGUCACGUGAACCAUCUCCUGCCUCCUCCAGUAUGACUCCAACAACGUCGCACAAGUCAAGUCGAUUUUCAGUGGAAAAGGAGCAACAACAGCAACAACAACAACAACAAUCAAGCAAAGAACAAGGUGUAUGCGAUCCUUCUACCAUGUCACCUGAAUGUCGCAAAAAGGGCCGGUUUGAAUUGACAGGUGGUAAUACGAGUACUGCUGUUGUAAAUGAAAAAGCAGAAGGCUAUCAUGAUACCCCAAGUUCCAAUGUCUCAUCGCCAACCAUGUCCCCUUGCUCGACUGUAUCGAGAGACCAAUCAGCGCGAUUUCUUGAUCAUGGAGGAGGAGUACCUGCUGUUUAUUCGCAAAUGGAAGUGUUAUUGAAACAAGUGGAUGCACAGAAAAAUUUGAUUCAAGAGAUGAUGGCUGGUCUUAACAUGUCAGCUGGAGAUGCUUUCAAGCAAAGAUCGGCUCGAGGUGGAGAUGGAAAGCGAUUGGGUGGUGGUGAUUAUGAACAUUUGUCAAGAGCACGAUCUUAUACAUCUAUCUCUUCUGAACAUUAUGGCGGUUCAGUGGAACAUUUACAACACAUGCUGGCUGCUUCCAAUCGGGAGAGGGAAAAACUUGCUCGAGAAAAUGACGCAUUGAAACGUGAGAUUGAGCGUCUACGCAGAUCACAGUCCCGACACAACUCCAUUGCAUCUACCAACGCAAAUGAAUAA